UGUCUAUAUAACUACGACCUCGUUCCUCCACUCGACCUACUUUCUACAUUGUCAAUCACAACAAUUACAAGUACAAAUACAAUUGCAAUAACUACUAUCAGCAGUAUGUUACCUCGCUACUACAAUCCAUACCUCGUAGCCUUUGCGGCUACGAUCGGUGGUAUGCUAUUCGGCUUUGACGUGUCGUCGGUGUCUGCCUUUGUCGACGACGACGACUACCGAAAGUUUUUCAAUUAUCCCGACUCCACGGAGCAAGGAGGUAUCACUGCCUCCAUGGCUGGUGGGUCGUUUCUGAGUUCGCUCGCUGCAGGUUCUAUCUCUGAUCGUAUUGGAAGGUGUGUACAAUCUGUUUUCUCAUGACAGGUAGGGUGACGAGCUAUGACUAACUAGGUUUAUAGAAAAUAUACGAUUCAACUCGCAUCACUGAUCUGGAUGAUUGGAUCAGCAGUCCAAUGUUCAGUGCAAAACCGCGCGCAGCUGGUCUGCGGCCGCUUCAUCUCCGGUCUGGCUAUCGGUCUCUGCUCGUCCCAAGUUCCCGUGUACCUUUCUGAGCUGUCGCCCAAGAAGAUCCGUGGUCGGCUUGUUGGUUUGUUCCAAUGGGCUGUCACCUGGGGAAUUUUGAUUAUGUUUUACAUUUCCUACGGAUGCACGUUCAUCGACGGACCCU